AUGACAGUCACUUAUUCCAGCAAAGUAGCAAAUGCCACUUUCUUUGGAUUUCACAGAUUACUCCUAAGGUGGAAAGGCAGCAUCUACAAAUUGCUGUACAGAGAAUUUAUUGUUUUUGCUACUCUUUACACAGCGAUAAGUGUAUUAUACAGAUUUUUUCUUACAGGUAGCCAAAAACGGUUCUUUGAAAAACUGUCAAUUUACUGUGACAAAUAUGCUGAACAAAUCCCAGUAACUUUUGUGCUUGGUUUCUAUGUUACUUUGGUGGUGAAUCGCUGGUGGAACCAGUUUGUGAACUUGCCGUGGCCAGACCGUCUGAUGUUGCUCAUCUCCAGCUGUGUCCAGGGCAGAGAUGAGUACGGGCGCUUGUUAAGGAGGACUCUCAUGCGUUAUGUGAAUUUAACAUCCCUGCUGAUCUUUCGCUCUGUCAGCACAGCUGUGUACAAAAGGUUCCCCACCAUGGACCACGUGGUAGGAGCAGGUUUUAUGACAAGAUAUGAAAGAAAAAUUUUUGAUGAACUUAAGUCUCCCCACCUGAAAUAUUGGGUCCCAUUUGUCUGGUUCGGAAAUUUGGCAUCAAAGGCACGAAAAGAGGGAAGAAUUCGAGACAGUGUGGAUUUGCAGACACUGAUGAAUGAGAUGAAUAAGUACCGGUCUUGGUGUAGCCUUUUGUUUGGUUAUGAUUGGGUUGGAAUUCCACUGGUCUACACCCAGGUUGUUACUCUUGCAGUCUAUACCUUUUUCUUUGCCUGCCUGAUAGGGCGUCAAUUUUUGGAUACUGACCAAGGGUAUCAGGGACAUGACUUAGAUAUUUACAUUCCAAUCUUCACACUGCUGCAGUUCUUCUUCUACGCAGGAUGGCUCAAGGUCGCUGAACAACUCAUUAAUCCAUUUGGAGAAGAUGAUGAUGAUUUUGAAACUAACUGGUGCAUCGACAGAAAUUUACAGGUUUCACUUCUGGCGGUGGAUGAGAUGCACAUGAACUUGCCAAGGAUGGAGAAAGAUAUUUACUGGAAUGAUACCUCUGCCCGGCCACCCUACACAAAAGCAGCUGCUGAUUACUGUAUUCCUUCAUUUCUUGGAUCGACUAUUGAAAUGGGGCUCGCUGAUACUGAAUUCCUCUAUGGGGAAGAGUGGCCUUGGGAAGAGGAAAAACACCAGAGACAGUAUUCGGUUUUGAGAAGAGUCAAGAGGUUUCUCAGCGUCCAUGAGGGUCCUUCAUACCCAACUCACCAGCGCUACAGUCGGCAGACGAGUGAGAAUUCCGUGUUUUUCCCAGCAGAUGAAAAGGGGCACAUCAGACAGCUGCAGGAAAUGCACACAAGAGGGAGGCACUCUACCUCAAGCUUCAAGAAGAAAUAUGAAGGAGUUACCAGAAGUAACAAACUUCAUAGUAGCCGAGAGCUAGGACCCAUAACAGAAACCUCAAGGAAUGAGGCACAGUUUGAUGACAGUGACACUUCAUCUGAGACAACCAGGCCAGUUCCUGAGGUCAUCAUUUCUGAAGCCCAGGAGACUGAACCUGAUGUGCCAACAGAACGCUCUGCAAGCGUGCCAGAAGAGAAGCUCCAAAGGAUCCUAGCUGAGGCAAAUGUGGCUCUUCUGAACCAACACUUUUUCCCCCCAGAAAUGACUCCAUACCUCUCAAGUUCAGAGGUGCAUCAGUCACUUCCUAGUGUGAUAGGAGAGCCCAAACAUGAGCCCCAGGUUAGUAACAUAGCUGGUCUCAUAACAGAUCAUGAGAGAAACCUUCAGCGAUGGAGUUUACCAAGCUUCCAUAGUCCUAGUACAGCAUCAAAUACUGAUGCUCCACCACCUUCAACAGAUUCUGGGACAACUUCACAGCAAAGGACAUUCAGUGAUGGGAAAAAUAUUACUUCUGCUCCACAAACAUUUGAGAUGCAGGACUUAUGGGAAAACCUGGACAGUAAAGAAACAGCCAUAGUAGAAUUUUCUAAUGAGGAGAGUGGAAGAAAAUUUUGA